UUGUUUUGUUUUGUUUUGUUUUGCAUUGUAGGGACACAAGGCUUAGAGCAUAAAACGAUGAAUAGAGUUAGAAGUGCACUGUGCAGAGUGGGUGCAGUGCUUUGGAUUACAGAGGAUUUGUGAUGCUAAAGCCCACCUCAGCAGGUAUCUUUUUGUUCAGAGUUUACUGGCACUGGCUCCUUCCUAUGGAUAUACAAUGGACAAGGAACAACCUAUUAGGCAUUUUUGUCCAAACACCAUCUCUCUGGCUUCACAUAUGUACACAUAUGCUUAUGAUAAGUUUCUGCCUGAACCAGGCCAGUACUUUAGCCAAAUUUGUAACUCUGAUCUGCACAUGAACCUGAAAUAAAUAGCUUUGUACUUAUGCUUUUAAAGAAAAAUAAUUGACAUGUUUGUAUAGGUUCCAUUCUAGUUCUUUGAGUUCAAAGUCCUGUGUUGAGCCAGUAUCAGAGUGACUUUGACUCUAGAGCUGAAAUCUCAUGGGAGAAAAAGAGCUCUGUGUUAACAGCUCUUGUCCUAGAAGACAGAUAUCCAAUGUUUCUUAUCUUUCUGCUCCUCCCAAGUUCACUGUAAAUUCUGGAAGGGUCAUACUGGUAUCCAGACCACUGGCCCUACUUGUAGUUGCAGACAGCUUGUUAUUCCUUGACGAGGUGUGCUUUCCCCCUCCUCUCCAAAUGCGGAAAAUCUCAGAGUUCACAAAAAAGAGAGUGGGUGAGAAGAUAAGGGAGCUGAAUGACCCGUCACCUCCUGCACACACAGGCACACAACCCUGACACACACAGGGACACAGACAGAGGGGAAUCACUCAGCACCUUCAAGUGUGUACAUCAGGGAUGUGUUACACACAGAGAUGAUAAUAAUAUGUAGAAUAUUUUCAUCUGAAGUGAUGGUGGAAGCUGCAGACUCCCAGUUAGUUGAAUUUUUAUUAGUUGUCUGUCCAGAACAUCUAACGCUAUUCCUCCCCCUGUGCUUUCAUAUAUCCAAAUAUUAAGGCCAAGCUCUGCCUGGUGUAAUCUCAGGAGACCAAGAACAGAAGAGACCUUGAACUCCGAUGAGUCAAGCUGAGAGAUGAAUUUAUCCCACUAUCUUUGAAAAACUGGCAUCAAAUAGUUACAUGACAGUGGUGUCCAGGCUCACAUUUAAAAAGCAGGGACCAUCUUCUAAUUCUCUUGGGAUUCUGAAUUUGCAGAUAAUACUAAAUUGGGCAAAAUAGAGGUGAGGAGAUAGGCAAAGAGGUCAUAGGGAGCUCUGGAAAACAAAAACAAGCUCAGAAAUUUGGGGCUGCUGUAGUAAAAGCUGUCCCUGAGCUCUGCCGACAGAAGCUGAUCUCAAGCACUGCUCAGUCUGUGGGGAAGGCUGGUGUAAGGAGAUGUGCAGAGAUGGCAGGCCUCACACUGGGCACAAUAUAGCAAGAAUUAAAUCUGCCCAUGUGAUUUUAGGCUUGUUCACAGACUGCAUGAGAUGCAACUCAUUGUAGUGUUGAAAUAAAACAGACUAGAGAGGUAAUGAGAGAAGGAGAGAGCUCUCAUUCAGACUUUUCCCAUCCUUUCUUUCGUCCUCUCACUCCAGUAUCUCCCUGCCUAUCAGUUCCCCAUGGUUUCCCUACAGUCAAGCUCCCCCAGAGAGCGUUGCCUCAGUUUCUGGGUAGUUUUGACCAGCUAACUCUAUACAGCACCCAAAUUGCUAAUUCUUUCAGCCUUAGGAAGGGGACAUUUUCAGCAACUAUCUAUUUCCCACUUAUUACUACCUUGUCAAAUCUCAUUUCAUCUUUCUUUCGAAAAAUCUGUAGGAUUCUUUUCACACUCCAGCCUCAUUGCUGCAUCCUUGCCUCAGUCUGGCUAUGUGAGUGGAUUAUUUUUUGUACUCAGUGUAUGCACCAUAUAUAUGCACAAAAAUACAUCCCCCUUUGAAACCAACUAAUACUAAAUUGGCAAAGCCCAGCAGUAGGGAGUUAGGAAAUGUGGGGUUACUGUUCUCAGUAAUCUUAAUUCAAUCUCUUUGUGCCUGUGCCUCUUAGAGUCCUUAACCACAUCCUCACAUUGUCACCUCAUUCUUUGCACAGGAUGCCUGCCUUGUUCUGUGCCAGCCUGGCAGGGGCUUUCUUGAACAGCAGCUAUUCAAUGUUUUGUUUUCUCCUCAUUGUUCAGUGGGUGGCCUGUGCCUCAUUUACUGUACAUUAUUCAAGUCCUGCUCUAAAGGCAGAAUUAUUAGUUUCCUCAUGGGUUUUCCUAUGGCUUUCAUCACAACAGUAUCUGAUCGCUUCACAAUUAUAAAUCUACUUACUUUCAUUACCACCCAGAGGUGAGGAGAUGGUAUUAGAUCAGCUGGGCAGCUGAGGGACUAAGGCAGUGAGAGAUUAAGAUAAAAACUGUUCAUUAAUUUUGGAAACUCUUUGGUGAUGUGGUUAAUCUGUUGGUGCUUUUUUUCCCAGUGUACUUAGCAGUGUAUAAUGUGUAUUCAAAGCAGAGCUCUGUCUGGUUUGUGCUAGAGUGGGAGAGUUUAUCACUUCCACCAGUUGCACCACAUGUAGAAGUCAGAUACCCAAAAGACAAGAAAUGGGCAUUUGUGGGGGAAUGUGGCUUAAGUGAUUUGCCUCAUUAUGACAGAGAAAAUUGUACUGAGAAGCAAGAAUUAACCCCAGUCCUCUUGGAUAGCUUUAUCUGAUUACAAACUGGAGACAGUUUUUCUCCCAUCCCACUAUUCCCCCCUUUCUUUACCAGACAUCUGAGUGCAGCAGAAGACCCUGGAGCUCUGCAGGCAUCACUUGCCAGACUGCUUCACUUUCCAAGCCACCCUGUGCCCUGACCAAGGCAUCUGUCAGCUUUUCUGCUUCUAAGGGAGAGCAGUUUCAUAUGGAAAUUCUCAGCCAUUCUCAAAGCAUGUCCAUAAUGACAUAAAAAAUGGAGAAAGGCAGAAAUAUAAGUGUAAACCCCGUGGUUCUUACAUUAAAACCCUCUGGCCCCUCUUCAAAGAUACACUAGAGAGACUUAAAAGCAUGCAUCUCUCUGCUCAUUGCAUGCUGUAUGGCAUGAAUAUUUCUUUGUUUCAGGGAAGAGCUAGCAUGCUGAGUAUUGCUCACAGAGAUCUCUCUGUUGCUUAUCAAUAGCAAUAAAAUUGAUCUCCCCCCAAAUAUCAAAGUCUUUCUGUUGUCUUCUGGGAAUUAUUUCUAAUUUUAAGCCUCUAGCCUCGUGCCUCUUACAACAGCACCCAAAGCUUGGAGCAGUCUCCAAACUGUGCUCCCUAAUGGCAUAGGGUAGUGCUGAAUUACUCAUUCCUCCUUGUCUAUUUUCAGUGCUGCAAGAUAAGUCAGAAACUGGGCAAAUGUGUGCAGAAUGUGUGAAAUCUGUCAGAAGGUCAAACAGAGAAGAGAGGCUAAGGUAUGAAGUUCUGUAUUUUCUGUCAGAGCUUAAAUUUUUUAAUGCCCAUAUAAUACUAAAAAUAUUGUGAUAAUAUAUACUGUUGAGUGGGGAAAAAAACAACAACCAAACCCAAACCAACAACCAUCCCCAAAUACUUAUAGUAACAGGAAUACUUAACAUAGUUCCCAAGCGACAAGAGCCUGACGAGUAUUUUAAACCCUGAAGCCUCAGGAAUUCUCCUAAAGUAUUGCUCUGCUCCCAAGGAAAAGGGAACAAAGUUAGAAAUGUGUGCUCUUUUCUGGGUAGAUUUUGAAAAUAGCAGCAAAUGCAGAAUAUUUUGGCUCCUGAUACAAAUGCUGAAUACUGUGAGGCUUCUGAAUAACUAUUUAGGCUGCUCCUAGCUGCACACACAUAUGCACACACAUGUUACAUGCAUGAAGUUCUUCAAAGAGAGGAACACAUAGGCAGCAGUAGGGGAAAACUUUCAUCCACACUGCUUCACCAAGGAAUUUUGAUAGGUUUAUUAUCAUGGAGGGAGACUUCAAUGCUUAAGGCUCAUUCAGCACAGGACUUUUUUAGCUGAGGUUUGUCCAGGAAAGCCACUUAUCCUCUAAAGGUUGUUACAGUACUUGAGGAACAGGGGCUAUGCCUCAGUUUACCUGAGUUGUUAAAACCAGAAUGCUUCAAAGCUCCUUAGACAUGACAAAUGGGCAGCCAAAGAAGCCUUCAGGAAAUAAAAGGAGCCACCACAGAUCUGAGGUGGCAAUUAGUCAGCAAACUUUACAUUCAGUCAGAUUGCCUCUUUCUAGGUGGGUAUAUUCCAGGGGUACCAUAUUCUCAAGGUGGUCUAUUCUUUGAAAAAGCAGUGUUAAAUCAUGGAAAUGUAAUUGCAUAACUAUUCCAAGUACAAAAAGGGUGGGGAAAGUUAGGAAGGCAAAUAAAAAGAAGCAGCAGCUUCUGGUGUGGGAGAGGACAUUUGUCCCUUCAGGUCUGUGUGGCUCCUUACUGAGGCUGCCACGGGCAGUGUGGGGAUGGAGGAGAAAGGCAUUCAUUCCCUGGCGGCGCGCACAGAACGUGUGACUGCGAGAUACCAGCAAAGCACUUCUCUGCGCUGGAGCUACAUUCCCAGGCUCCAUGUCACAGACCAGCCAGGACACAGUACUCUCAAGGAAAAGAAGCUGCAAUAUUUUGAAAGCAUCCUGCAGACUUCAGAAUAUAGGCGGUUAAUGCAGACACUUGAUAAAGUGUUUAUACCCUGAAAGCCUCUCCUAGAGGGAAGAGAAAUCAAGAUGUGAAUCUGCUCUGAAGGCAAAGAUUUCCAGAGCUUUCCCUAAGUCAGCUCCAGAGGAAGAAACAGCUGAAAGGAUUUGAGGGAAAAGAGACAUGUGCUUGGAUGAUGGUGAGCAGCUUGAAGUGAUACCCUUGGGAGAGUUCUCUUGAUGGUUUGAACUGAGGCUCUCUGAAUAUGAAACCCUGAGCACCUACUGAGGAGCUCUUUUGAAAUCCAGUUUGAAAAACAUCUCUGCCUCCAGUUGUGCUUUGGACCUUGGAGCUCAGCAAAUCAGCCUAAAAACUGUUUGGGAAGACAACUCCUGAGAUGAAGCUCUGAACUUACAUGGACACAAAUGCCCAGAAAUACAGAAGAGUGGCCUGAAACUGUUGGUUUGAAGACCGUAAGAAAUGGGUGACUGGAGUUUCUUGGGGAACAUUUUAGAGCAGGUGAAUGAGCAAUCCACUGUCAUUGGGAGAGUUUGGCUCACAGUACUCUUCAUUUUCCGCAUCCUGAUCCUGGGCACGGCUGCCGAGCUCGUGUGGGGAGACGAGCAGUCAGACUUUGUGUGCAACACCCAGCAACCUGGUUGUGAGAACGUCUGCUACGAUGAGGCCUUCCCCAUCUCCCACAUCCGGCUCUGGGUCCUGCAAAUCAUUUUUGUAUCCACCCCUUCACUAAUGUACUUCGGCCAUGCUGUGCACCACGUCCGCAUGGAGGAGAAGAGGAAAGAGAGGGAGGAAGCUGAGAGGCGCCAGCAAGCUGAGGUGGAUGAAGAGAAACUGCCCCUGGCUCCAAACCAAAACAAAGGCAACAACCCUGAUGGAACCAAGAAGUUUCGCCUGGAAGGUACUCUCCUGAGAACGUACAUCUUCCACAUCAUUUUUAAAACCCUCUUUGAGGUGGGAUUCAUAGUAGGUCAGUACUUCCUGUAUGGCUUCCGAAUUCUCCCCCUUUACCGCUGCGGGCGGUGGCCCUGUCCCAAUCUUGUGGACUGUUUUGUCUCCAGGCCCACGGAGAAGACCAUCUUCAUUAUGUUCAUGCUGGUGGUGGCUUCUGUGUCCCUAUUCCUCAACCUGGUGGAGAUCAGUCAUUUGAUCUUGAAAAGAAUCCGGAGGGCUCUGAGGAGGCCAGCAGAGGAGCAGCUUGGAGAGGUCCCAGAGAAGCCACUCCAUGCCAUCACAGUCCCCUCCAUCCCAAAGGCCAAAGGCUACAAGCUGCUGGAAGAAGAGAAGCCGGUGUCCCACUAUUUUCCUCUCACGGAAGUAGGGGUUGAGCCCAGCCCCCUUCCAUCAGCCUACAAUGAGUUUGAGGAGAAGAUUGGGAUGGGACCACUGGAAGAUCUAUCCCGGGCAUUCGAUGAGAGGUUACCAUCAUAUGCGCAAGCGAAGGAACCAGAAGAGGAGAAGGUACGAGCAGAGGAGGAGGAACGAGAGGAGGAGCAGCCAGGGCCUCAGGAAGAGCCAGGGAUGAAGAAAACAGAAGAGGAGAUGGUGAGAGAUGAAGUGGAAGGGCCUUCAGCACCUGCUGAACUUGCCGCUGAUAUGAGACCCCUGAGCAGGCUAAGUAAAGCCAGCAGCCGGGCCAGGUCAGAUGAUUUGACUGUAUGAAGGUGCAGGAUGCGGGGAGCACGUGAAAAGGAAAAGGUUGAAGAGAAAAGAAGAGAUAGAGAAAGAAUCAAAAGAUAUUUUUAAGCAAAGUGCUAAAAUGGCCACUUGAAUAUUAUUUCCUUUUAUGAUUCUCAACUGGAAAGGUACUACCAUGGUAACAGUGCCUUAUUUGCCCCAUAUGUCCCUGUAUUUCCCUGUUUCCACAUGCCAGCUCACUCCUUACAGUAAUAUCUACACUGUACACAUAACUGAUGUAUUUUAAAGCCUAACACGGCAGUGAUACCCAAAUGUUGCCACUGUGAUCAUAUUUACUGAAAGCCUUGUGUUCCACAUUUCUCUAGGAAUGUGGGGUGGAUCUGUCUUCCAGUCAGCCAGUGAGGGGAAAGACUGAUCAACAACUUUAUCUAGUCUUUCUCUUUCUAUUUCCUCCUAUGGCUCACUGAGCAGAUCUCCCCUUUGCUGUUGGCAUGGAAUUGCAGUUAUUUAAUUCACAAAGUGAAUUCUAUGCUUAGCAUCAACACACUAAAAUACUAAGCCAAACUUCCCUUCUUCAUUCAGAAAAUAAAGGCAAAAAUGUUCCAAAUUUCUCUGCGAAUGCAUAUCUGAGUUAGGUAAAUAUAUUUUCCCUGGUCAAAAAUAUUUCUUCUCUUCAAGCGAUAUUGACAGUGGGCAAGGUUAACAGCAGCUCUUUACUAGGACUUAGCAGAUGCCCAGAGAUGGAUUAUUUGUUCCCAUGAGGGUCAUCCAGCCCUGAGACUAGUUCAGAAUACUGGAAAGAAUAAAUUCAAGUGAUAUUUUUCACUUGUAGCCUUGUGACUUAAAGAUUUGAAACCAGAUUUAGCCAAGCAAGAGGGAAAAAAAUCUGAGAAAGGAGGGGACAGCUACAGCCCCCAGAGCAUGAAACCAAAUACAAGCCUUCAUGGUAUGAUCCUGAAAAGUGUUCAGUUCCUGGAGCUUCCAGGCUCCCAGGCACUCAGCAAAUCUCAGGUACAGAGUCCUGAAGGCAUCUGUGAACCUAAACCAGGGAUCUAGAUAACUAUGUGACUUUUUAAACUUCCAAAUACAAAACUGGUUGGUCAAGUUUGAAAAGACUGAUAUGGCAAAAGUCUUUUGACAGCCUUUGUUUUUAAUUUGACAGACAGGAGCCAUUCAGUGGGCUACUUCUCCCUGAAAUGCCAAAGUCUUGGUCAAGUAAGACAAUGCCUUUCAAAAGAUGACUUAGACCUUUUUGCCAACAGGUCUGUACAGAACUCUCAGAGACUCAGAAAAAUCUUUUUUUACAGAAGGCAGAAAAUGAUGUGCUUGCAAAUAUUUAGUUGUCUAAUAUAGAUUUCUAAUUUUAGGACUACGGCAGCAACUCUUGGCUGGGACAGUGCAGCAAUGUGUUCAAAAGCUUCAGGUUAACAGCUAUCUCCCCCCAAAACUGAGCCCCAUGCCAAAAAAGUGCAGGUAUGCACUCUGCUCUGCUCUGCUCUGCUCUGCAAACCUCAGACCCUGCCAUGUCAGCAAAUUCUUUCUGCUGGGCUGCAGCCCAUCCCAUUGUUCCCAGGGCAGGCUCUAAUCCAGGUCAGGGAAAAAAAGGUCUUUGGCACAAUGCAUCAAACUCAUCCUGCCAUCAGCUAGAAAAGACCCCCUGCGGCCUCCCAUUGUAGCAGGUCUGACUCAAAGCCCAGGAAAGGCAAAUGGGAGUCUGUGAGAGCCCUGGGUAGGCUUGAGCCCUGUCCCAGCCCCAGAACAGUCAGUCCUGUCGCUACUGAUCCCACCCCUUUGGUGGAGUUCCCUGCCUGGCCGGACUUCACUGCCGAGUGACAAUAAGAUGUACAUAUGUAGAAAGUUUGGAGGGUGCAUUGGGAUUCUUCAGCUGCCACAGAGGUGCCACAUAUUGGUUUUGUUUUUUUCCUUUUUUAUUUUUUUUUUUUUACACUAUUCAUCCUUUUGCUCCUCUUGGGCCUGUGUAUUUUCCUAAGGUUUGCAGCCUGAGGUCAAAACCUUUUUUCCUUAGACAAGGCUGUUGGGUGUCCUUCCUUGUGAAGGAAGACUGGAAGGUCCCACCUCAGUUUUGGGAGGGAAUAUGACAAAACAACACAUGCAGAGAGUUCAAGAUACUAGAACUAAAGUUCAAGUAUCUAGAACUUGAAGUAUCUUGAACUAAAGUUCAAGUAUCUAGAUACUAGAACUAAAGAAAAGGCUAAGAUUUAGAUGAACAACACAAUCACCACACUUACACUAGAUGGGAUCUACUUUAUUUUCUCCAUAGAAAGAGACGAGUUGGAAUGAUUCUAAGCAUUAACCAGCUCACUUGUUGAAGGGGGUUAGAAACACACUUUCCUGCAAGUAAAAGCCACAACCUUGUAACAGUUUAUAUCAGGUAUCUGCAUCAGAGCAUCUGACCCUUCCAGAUACCAAGGUACUGGCCUGGUUGAAUCACACCCACCCCUGUUGACUUCUAGUUACUUGAAAAUUCCACUCCUGAUCUCUGACAUUCAUACAUUCAUUAGACUACAGGACUACUUAAAGAUGAGUGCUUGUUCAUCAGGAGUACAUGGUUCAUAAUGUGGCUGUCAGGCGGGGCAGUCUUUAAUCACCACAUGUUAAUUAUGUCCUUUUCCACUGGAGAGCCUCAGUAAAAUGCACCAUGUGCAGUGUACUCCAUGGACACCGUAGUUCUCUCACAGCUGCCACAGGAAUGCUCCUUUCUUCCUCUAGGUCCCGACAGCACAAGAAGAAGCUGGCAUUUUCCUCCCGCAUCCACUCAACUGCUUCUUGAUUUUUUAUUUUUUAAAGUCAGUUUUCAAGUACUCUGCUUGGCUGGCAGUGGAUCUGCCUGGCUGGCAGUAGCCCCCAAGCACAGGCCACGGCAUCAGGACAGUGCUGCUCGGCAAAGGGGGCAGGGAACAGCCUGGUCUUCUGGCACUCGGCCUCACCUCUGCAAGGAAAUCUCUGUGGGACUGUCAGCAAGUCAUUCUUCCUUCUUGUGCAAUUGGGAAUCAUUUCCUACCUUACAAUCAUGAUGUGAGGCCUGACAUGUUCUGCUAGUUAUGGAAAGGGAGGUCCUUGGAUGGAAAGCCCUACAGAUGAGCAAAGGAUUAUUGCUAUUUCUUGAUGUGAUAGCACAUAAAUGUGCUUUAUUCCAUCUCAAUGAGACAAACUUAAUAGUUUAUUCAAGAAAUUCCUAGUGAAGUUGCAUAACAUCCUCAGAGCUGUGAAUUCAGUGUACGACUCUACUCAAAAAAAUCUUAGCAAAACAUAAAGAUAUAUAUGAUGAAUGAGGAAUAUUAUUUCCUUGGGAAGGGGGAAAUCACUGAAAUUAGAGCCAUGCCUGGAUCAUUUAAAAAGGUGUGUUUUACCCCCUUGGCUCCCUGUGCAAAUAAAUUCCUAACUGAUCACAUGGCUCUCUGCAAGGAGCAUAAGAUGCAAGAGUCAAAAUCACCAAAGGAGGUGAAAGUAGAAGAGCAAGGUAGUCUCUUAGCUUACAAUAGCAUGUGGGGGUUGGUGUUCUCUAGUGUCUAGAGCAGUGGACCUAGGAUAAUAAUCUUAGAUUUAUUUCCAGCUCUGCUUCUGACUUGCUGUGAUAAUCACUUUACCUCUCGGUGCCUUUUUCUCCACCUGUAAAAUGGGUGUAAGAAUUUCCACCUACCUCACAGGGAUGUUGUGAGGCUUCCUUAAUUCUGUUUGUAAAGUAAGUAGGAAUGAUCUGAUGAAAAGCACUGCUGAAAUGCAUGGUAUCCUUGUUAUUUCUUGGCAGAACUGCUAACUUGAGUAAUAUAUGACUCCUCGACCAGAAGGGCAGUAGUUUGGAAAUGUGAACACUGCACUGCACUGACAGCAUUAACACACAUGUGGAUUUGCCGUGGGUAAAAAAGACUUUAUUGAUUCCCUCACCUUAGCCAAGGCCAUGUAUGAAGCUGUGGCGACAGUGUGGUGAUGUGGAACCCUCUUCUCCAUCCCCAGCAUCCACUCUGGGGCAGCAUUUGUGCUUAAAUAAGGCAGUUCCUGAAGCACUUGGUUCAAGUUGGUGGAGCUCUGACAGUUUUGAGGUGCUUGCAAGGCAUGUGGGAGAGGGUUGUAUCAUACAGAAUAUUGCUGGGCUUCUGUUUUAAACCACUCAGAGCAACAGAGACCGACACCCACAACCUCUCAGUGCUGAAACACAGUGAGGUGCAGAUUCCUCUUCCUGCAGGAGAGGAGAGUUUUGGGGGAUCUCUGCUCUCUAGGUCUGUGUGGGCAUCAAAUUUACUUAAUGAUGAGGGAAGUCCUAUCUCUCCUGCUGCCCAGUAACUCACUGACUGUGCAGUUUUACACUUACAGAGCAGCUGUGUCACACAAUGCUGAAAAAAAAGUGGCAGUUUGCUGUUUUGUAUAGAAAAUGGCUUUUCAGGCUGACAACCAAAAGUAAUCCUAGCCUAGGCUUAGUUUUGUUUAGUAAAGACAGGAACAUCCAUGAGUACUACACUAAAGCCUUCCUGUAAGCCCAAGGCAGCUGUGAUAAAACAGUAUAUGGUGCCAGAUUUCCUGAGGGCCAGGGCUGGAUAAAAGUACCAAAAUCAGGGGGCUUGUCAAAGUAUUGGAAUAAUUUUACUUCCCAACAGAAUGACAUCGCCAUUCCUUGGGCUCUGUGUGUGCUAUACCUUUUAACAUGGCUCAGGAAAGGCUUUUUGCCAACACCAAAUGUGCUCACACAGCUGAGCAGUAACCAUGGCAAGUGAAUAUGUGUCAGCUUUGCCAAGACAUAGCCUGGCACACUAUCCUUUCCUUGCCACUAGCUUGGCACCAGCCUAUUUCAGUAGAAGAGGCAAGACUUGCAUAUCUGUCAACAAUUCAAGCUUUCCUCUCAGCAGCCUGCUGUACAAAGAGACACAGGAGGUUUGUUCAGCCUGGAGAGGAGGGGGCUGAGGGCAUUGGGAGCCCUAAGUGCUUUCUACAGGUUCCUAAGGGGGUGGAAUUCCAGGGACAAUGGAGACUCUUGACAGAGGAGCACAGCAAAAGACCAGAGGCAACAAUCACAACGAGCAGCAAAGGAAACUUUUGCCUUAAAAAACUCUGUCAAGGAAAGAAAUUGUUCAGAUGGAGAGUGGUUCAGCACUAAAGCAGGUGUCCAGAGACAUGGUGGGAUCUUCAUCCUUGGGGGAUGAAGUUUGGUUUGGAGAAAGCACUGAGCAUCCAAAUCAGUGCAGCCACUGUGGAGUGACAUGUGUAGGGCACUUCCUGCCUCUCGGGAUGCUCUGGUAGAGCUGGUUUAGGCUGUCCCAAAGGCCACACCACCUCCCCAGGCACCGGCAGAGGCUGACGCACACACAGAGUCAGCUGGUGAAGUGUUCAAGGCCUGGCUGGAUGGGGCUCUGAGCAGCCUGGUCUGAUGGAAAGUGUCUCUGCCCAUGGGAGGGGUUUGGAACUGGAUGAUCUUCAAGGUCCCUUCCAACCCAAAGUAUUCUUAUGAUUCUGUGAUUCUGUGACAUUUUUGGUAGCUACAAAAGCUGCUUGAGGCCAGGAUCGUGUUGUUUAACUGGUUUGGAGAAAGCAUUAUAAAUAAAAUUUAAAAAAAAGAAAAAAGAGAGUAUGCUUUUCAACAGAUAAAAUCAUGGAAACCUAGCGGCUUAGGUCUGUCCAUAUUUUAACUUCAGCGUCAAGUGUGCCUUUAAAUCCAUCUGAAAGUGCAGAGGACUGCAUUUUAACAUUCUGUCAACAAAAACCUGUGUGUUUUAAAGCUUGCUGAUCUGGGAUGAAGCAGCACUGAAUAGAAAUGGUGAUUACAGAGCUACUGACAGAACAUUUUGAAAAAAACAAAGAGUGUUUGCCUUCGCCUUGCUAGAUCCAGCUUGCUACAGAGAAAGCAAACCAGGCAUUUACUGGCUUCCAAGGUGGAAAAGCUAUAUACAAAAAUGCUCAGGUAAGUUUUUCAGUACAUACAUGUUAGUUCACAAAAGAGUCACAGACAACCCUGUAAAGGAAUCCGUGAAUUGCCAGUGAACAUCGUCACCUGAACUCAUCAGAAAAGACUCAAAAGAAAUGCAGAAAUCAGAAUGAUGAGGGAAUGCUUCCAGCUUCAGAGUUCUUGUUUAUGAAAACCUCUGGAGAGAAGAAAAAAGAAAAUGGGUGGCUGGCUGCCAGCUAAGGCUAUUUGUCAUAAAUAUGCCCCGUAGCACCUUCUGGAAACCUGUGUGAUUUCUAAAUAUACUCUUGGCCAAACCCCAUGAUUUAAUUCAAUAUGCUGCACUCUCCUGCAUUACUUAAAAGGCUUGAUUUUGGGUCUCUCUACAAACGGAACAUAAAAUAGCCUCGUUCACUAUAAUAUGUGGAAGAAGAACUACAACUGAGAAGGUGCCUUUGUACCUGUGGAGGGCCAUGGACCCUUCUCCCCACACACACACAUCAGCAACUAUGUGAGGAGGAACGGCACAAAAUAAAUCUCCCAUCUUCUUUUCACAUUUUUGUCUUCGCUGAAGGAGAAGCCCUGGGGCUGAGAGAUGGGUGUAGGGCUGGGUUUUUCCUGUAGGAAUUAUCUUGUUCCCUAUCUGUUUCUCCCAAGGCCCAGGGAUCAGUAAUGUACAGCUAAGCAGAGGCAUGUUUCAAGCCUAUUUCCAAACACAUGCAAAGAAGGAAGUUUAAGACCUAUGACCAAACUCUGCCUUGUUUUUUACCCUUGUGUGGAAGUUGAGUUGCCAAGGCAUAAACAAGAUCAGAAUUUGGCUCUCUGUAACUUAUUUUUAAAGGAUUUCCUGUUAACCUUGGUCUCUAAAAGGUAACCAACAGCUAACCUUGCCCCACAACCUACCAACACAGAACAAAACAACCACAAAUCCCUCCAAACUCAGGAAUCUCAUCGCUUUAGGAAACAACAUUUUUAAAGUAGCAGAUAGAGAGAACAGGCAAGGCCCGAUCUCAGGUCUGCAUUACCUGGCAGUGAUACCAGAAGGUGUAAAACAAAAGGUCUCAGAUCAGAGACAAUAACCUGCUCCCUCAGUUCAUUUCUCCAUGAAGACUGAAUGUUUUCUUCUCUUUGCAAUACUGCAGACAAGGAGGCAAGUUUAAAACCAAGAAGUCUGGGAGCAAGACAGAAAGCCAAAUAAUCAGAGACUGUGGGACUAAUCUGGUGGGUGUCUCAGCACAACCAAACAUAGAUUUGUUUUCUUAGUGAAAUGAGUUGUAAUGAAUAAAGUUUCCUGAUUUUCAGUCA